GUUUGUUUCGCUUGGCUUCGUCGCUGUUUUGUGUUGAACUACGAUGGUUGAGCCGCUCACAGAAUAAACCUUCCACACGACAAACACUGCUCUGUGGACAGACUCCACCGACGACAGGCAAAUGCCAAAGGAACAACGGUAAAAGAAGCACUGACUAAAUGGGAGGAGAAAACAGGAGAGAAAGCCAGUGAAUCUUUAUCCAUUAAACUGUAUGGUCAGAUUCCUCCUAUAGAGAGAAUGGACGCCUCCGUCUCCACACUCACCAACUGCCAGAAGCUGUCUCUGUCCACCAACUGCAUUGAGAAAAUCACCAACCUGAACGGCCUGAAGAACCUGAGGAUAUUGUCUUUGGGGAGAAAUAAUAUCAAGGCUCUGUCUGGACUGGAAGCGGUUGGAGACACACUGGAAGAGCUGUGGAUCUCCUAUAACAUGAUAGAAAAACUGAAAGGAGUUCAGUGUAUGAGGAGCCUGAAGGUCCUGUACAUGUCCAAUAACCUGGUGAAGGAAUGGGGUAGGUCACGGGGAGAAUUUGGGAGACUUGCUGAACUGCCGUCCCUCAUCGACCUGGUGUUUGUUGGAAAUCCUCUGGAGGAAAAGCAUUCGUCUGAUGGAACGUGGAUGGAUGAAGCGUCUAAAAGACUUCCUAAUCUGAAGAAGUUGGAUGGAACACCUGUGAUCAAACAGGAAGAGGACGAUGGCGACGAAGAGAGCUGAAAGUUUAACCUCCAAUGUUUCUACCGUCUUUCAUACAGUAAUAACAUCUAAAAGAGACUGUCGUUGUUGGUUAACAAGCACACAGUGGGUAAUAAACACUAACUUGAAUGAGAGCAAAGUCAAAGGGAUAAACUAGAGAAACUAUGUUUAGCAAGUACCACGAGGAGAUCAGAACAUUUUUAUCCUUCUAGAGUCUAGAAUCUAGACUGUAUCAAUGAGAACCAGAGCACAAUGUAGGGUUUUAACUAACCUUAACCCUAACCCUUGGACCAAAUGUUAAGCUGUUGUGUUACAACCUGACUCUGUGCUGUGGUUAUAACCAUGACGUACAAAUAAAAACUCAAGUCAGCAUCAGGUUAAACCGUUGCAGUCUGGGUUAGAAAGUGAUUACAUCUAGUUACCUUAUUUCUUAUUUUGAUAUGAAUGUUCUUAUUCAGUAUAUCUUAUAAGUCAUACACGCUGCAUUACUGUAUAAUGCUAAUGCUAAUGACCUAAAUAUCAAGUAUGCUAAUUUGUGACGUUUCUGAUUGCAGUACCUUGAACAACUGUUUGUGAUGACAAAAUAACCUACAAUUGUUUUUGGUAUGUUGCUACAUACACAUAUAAAAACUAUAUUUUGUUAAGUUAUAAUUGUUAAAUAAAUGCUGAUGUUGCACUAUG